UCACAGAACACAGUCCCCGUGGCUGGUAGUGUGGAUAACGAAGCCAAUAUCGUCCACACGGUCGACAGCAAACUCCGCCAGGUCUCCUUGGAAGAUGGCGAUGCUUCUUUAGACCCUGAAAAAUUCGAUCCCGUUUCUAGUACCACUGAUUCUGAUAGCAGUGUCACUGGCAGCAGCAACAACUUAAUACACGACACAGUCCCAACUAUCGCCUCCAAUAAUAGCGUUGUCAAUACUAGUAACAAUAACAGCAACAGUGUCAACAGCAGUAACAUCAACAGCUUUCUAGCCCAUAUCCACCAGAAAGUCAAUCAGCCAAUGUCACCUCUUCUGCUCAACAAUCUGGGCCAGUACCACGACACCACCGAGGGCUCUUCCGCUGGCACUGAUACGAGUAUUAGCGAGAAACUCACCGCCGCAUCGCCCUACGUCGCGGCAGAAGCCCCAGCCGCACUGCCAGCAACCUCCCAACCCGCCGCUACAGAUAGCACAAAUACUAUCUCUCCCACGAGAAUCUCACUUCCGCCUCCUGCAGUACCGGCAUCUCUCCCAUUACCAGGCUCUUCUUCGUCCUCGUCGACCACGACUGGAGUUUAUGGCGUAUCCAAUUUACCGCUCAACCCCUAUCCCUUACCUCUGCCUGCCACAGAGAAGGCCAUAGCAUCCAUUGCACCCAUGCUCGAGAGCUUUGCACCCAAAACCUCAGCAGAAGAAUCUGGUGUUCCAACGUCUACCAUCAAUUCUUCUUCUUCUUCACCUCAGUACUCUCGCGUUGGCUCGUACUCCAACGAGUUCAUCAUGGACCACCAGCCCAAACUCACGUCCGACAAUUUGAAUGCUGCUUUCCGCUCAAGAAACAAUUCUACCAAUGCUGGCACUGUAGCUUCUGAUACUGUGAAGUUGGAUAAAACGAUGUCGAACUCUUCAUCUACUCUGCGAAAAUCUGAAUUUGAGGGCCCUAAGUUGCCCAAGAUCGGCAAAAUUGGUGUCUGUGCUAUGGACGCCAAAGUCUUGCUGAAGCCCUGUAGACGAAUCCUCAACAAGUUGAUUGAGAACGGAGAGUUUGAAACCAUCAUCUUUGGUGACAAGGUCAUCUUGGAUGAAGCCAUUGAGAACUGGCCCACCUGCGACUUCUUGAUCUCGUUUUUUUCUGGUGGUUUUCCCUUGGAUAAAGCCAUUGCUUAUGUCAACUACAGAAAGCCUUACAUCAUCAACGACUUGGUGAUGCAGAAGGCGUUGUGGGAUAGAAGACUAGUGUUGACUCUCUUGAAUUAUGCCAAUGUUCCUACACCAGAAAGAUUAGAAAUCAGCAGAGAUGGAGGUCCUCAAUUAGAGGCUCAGUUGAGAGAAAAGUUGACCGAAGUAGGUAUGUCUGAGUCACAAUUGGAGGAAUUGACCAAUCAGUCUGAACCAGAGUGGGAGAUGGUUGAC